UCCCAAGGGAGAAAAGUGAGAGAUAGAGGAGAGGUCAUUCUCAUUUCUCAGUAGCUAAACAAACAAACAAACAAACAAACAGCAACACCCCUAAAGAAAAAAGAGAUUAAAGCCUUCUGAGUUUGUGGUUUCCAUGGUGGUGGGUUUCUGUUAUUGAAUCUUGAGCUUGCAAAAGGAUUCUGAUCUUGGUUGGUGUGGGAGAGCAGAAUAAUCUAAUAUAAUUUAAUGGGUGCACCGGCGGAGUUGUUUAUGGUGAAGGCGGCGUUGGCGUUGGUGUUGGUGUUGGUAUGCAUAUGUGGGGGGGUAAUUUCGGCAUCUCCUUCUUCAAGACAGAAGCUUGAGGUUCAGAAGCACUUGAACAGGCUCAAUAAGCCCCCCACUAAAACCAUUCAGAGCCCAGAUGGGGAUAUCAUAGAUUGUGUGCACAUCUCUCAUCAACCAGCUUUUGAUCAUCCUUUUCUCAAAGACCACAAAAUCCAGACAAUGCCGGAAGCCCUAAAAUUUGCUGACAACAAAAUGUCUGAAGAAGAGACAACAAUUAAUUCAAUCUCUCAGCUGUGGCAUAUGAAUGGCAAGUGCCCUCAAGAAACCAUUCCUAUUAGGAGGACAAAGAAAGAAGAUGUGUUAAGGGCUACUUCUGUCAAAAGAUAUGGUCAGUCCCAGAUCUCUAUGGAGCCAACAACACCAGGCUCUUCACUUAUUGGCCCGUUACAGAGCGAUGCAUAUCAAGCAACGGGCUGCUACAAUCUUCUAUGCUCGGGCUUCAUUCAAGUCAACAGUGAAAUAGCAAUGGGUGCCAGCAUCUCUCCCGUUUCUGCAUACCGGAAUUCGCAAUACGAUAUCAGCAUUCUCAUCUGGAAGGACCCGAAAGAGGGACAUUGGUGGAUGCAGUUUGGGAAUGGGUAUGUAUUGGGGUAUUGGCCAUCAUUCUUGUUCUCAUACUUGGCAGAGAGUGCAUCAAUGAUCGAGUGGGGUGGGGAGGUAGUAAACUCGGAGCCCGAUGGGCAGCACACAUCUACACAAAUGGGAAGCGGUCAUUUUCCAGAAGAAGGUUUUGGAAAGUCGAGCUACUUCAGGAACAUACAAGUUGUUGACAGCUCCAACAACCUCAAAGCUCCAAAAGAACUUGGUACUUUCACUGAGCAAUCCAAUUGCUAUGAUGUCCAAACUGGGAGUAAUGGGGAUUGGGGGCAUUACUUUUACUAUGGAGGCCCUGGUAGAAACCCUAAUUGCUCUUAAUCUUUUUCAUCAUCCCAACAAAAAAAUGAAAAAUGAAAAAUGAAAAAUGAAAAAUGAAAAAAAAAAAGUGAGCCCUUUGAAGCACCUCCUCUGUAACAUUCAACAACCCCUUGUUUUUUUUUUUUUUUUGAAAUUUAAAAUUGUCUAGGUAUGUUAGAGGUUUGUGUAGUGUGAACUGUGAAUGCAAGUUAACUGUGUAGUGGGAAGUUUUUGACCCUUGAUUUAGAUUUCCUCGAAAGGUUGGUUUUUUUUUUUUUCUAGGUCCAUAUCCAUGUAAGUGAAUGGGUGGGUGGCCAUGUUUCUUGAAAAGAUGAAAAGAAAGCAGCAGGCCCUCCUUUGUCAUU